UUUCUCUGAUUCCACAUCAGUGUCGCUGCCACCUAGUGGACACACCAGCUUUAUCGCCACUCCCCGUUACCAUGGCAACUGGUCAACACAGUGAUUCGACUCCAGACCAGAGCAGAAACAACUUUAAUUAUUGAAGAACUGCUGCCUUCCUGGUCCUAACAUGCCAACCAACACCAAAAAGAAAAAGCAGCGGCUGCGAAAACCUGCCAAAGACAAGCGGACGAAGAAAAACCAAGUUUCCAUGGAGAAAUCCUGCGAGGCCUUCAGGUCCAACAGGUCGGAGUUUGAGGGUUUUCUGGAUCAGAUGACUCAGUGGUUUUCUGAUCAUCAGCAACAGGUUGAUCAGCACUUCAGUCUCGAGGACAAAGACCAAAGUGGAUCCGUCAACCUGAAGGAUUUCGAGCUUGGUCUGACGACCUUGAGCGCCCCCUGUCAGCAGUUGCAGCUCCGCCUGCUGACCGAGCUGCUGAAAACCAACGACAACAACACGAUCAGUUACCAAGACUUAAAGAGACAGUUACAGAGAUUAAGCAGCACAGAGGUCGACGUCUCCAGUUCGAAACGCCGUGAUGAUCAGCUGUUAAACCCUGACAAAGACAGGUUCGUCCGUCUGAGCGUCCGACUGAUCCCCUUCGACCUCUGCGACGACCAUCCCGCCAACUUCCAGGUGGUUUUGUCGAGCAGCUGCAGAGUUGUCCGUCUGAUCGGGAUGAUCCGGGAGCGGGUCGGGAUCCAGACCUCCCGGCUGGAGGUGUUCCGGAGCAGAGCGCCCACCGACGACGAGGCCCGCCUCCCCCCGGAGCGCUCCCUGGAGGAGUGUGGCUUCGGAGGAGGCCCGGAGAAGACUCCCCCAGAGGAAACCUUGUACUACGACUACAGACUGGAGCUCACCGACUGUCCCGUUCUCAACUGUGACCACUACUUCAGGUCCACACCGGACUCGCUGCCAGGACGACUGGACCCUGUCGAUGAGUGACACAACAGUCUGGUGUUUUUGGUUUGUCUUUGGUUUGAAACUCCUCAACAACUUCUGUUUGUUUUUCCAUAUAAUUCAGUGCACACGUUCAUUGUUCCCAGAGGAUUAAUCCUAAGUAGUUUUCAAAUGCAUGCAGUCGAAUCAUGCAGUCGUAGACCGUGUCUUUAUUUCAAGGAGCUCAACGUCGAGGAGAUUACUCGUCGUUGCACAGAUCAACAGGUGGUCAGUGCAUGUCGUCCCCAAAAACCCCGUCUAAGAAUAACGUCAUCAUCUCACUCACAGAAUGGCUGUCUCCAUGGCAACACUCUGUCUCUGUCUGAGAGUGUGCUAUAUUUACCGCAGCGCGUCUUGCGAGAUGUAACAAAACUCUGAGACUGUGACGCUCUGUCAACGUUUGUGUUUACUCGCGUGACUUGUCAGUGAAGUAUUAUUGUAUCUUUUGAAUUUUAAAAAAAGUACGCCAUGUUAUGUCUCUUUCAUUUUACUUUAAUACGUCUUUACUAUCCGUGAUCUUCCUCUCGCUCUGGAAAGAGUUUUUAUUUACUCAUGUCUAUAGCUGUAAAACUAUGUUUGAUUAAUUCGUUCUGAGCUCAGAUUAGUUUCUAAUUUGUAUAUGUAUUAGCGGGAGUUACGAAAUAAAGAGAAGUCAGAGGAAUAGAACUCUGAUACGUCACACAAGUAGGUCCUUUGACAUGUGAAUAUCA